AUGGCCAACCAGACAGGAAGAAACUCAUCGGCUCAAAAUCGGCUUGCGCAGGUCGGAGAGCACCUUCAGAGCUCCGGACCAAAGGGAAAGAGUGCGCUGCUCGAGAAGCAUGCCGACGAUAUCGUCGUGACAGCGGCGCUCCGCUCCGCAAUCACCAGGGGUCGCAAGGGCGGUUUCAAGGACACUAUGCCUGCCGAUAUCCUCACUGGUGUCUUCAAAUCUCUCAUCGAACGCUCCAAGAUUGACCCCAGUCUCGUCGAAGAUAUUGCCGUCGGUACCGUGCUGGCUCCAGGAGGUGGCGCGACUGAGUUCAGGGCCGCUGCGAUCGCAGCAGGCUUCCCAGUCUCGGCUGCGGUCAAGAGCUUGAACAGGCAAUGCUCAAGUGGUCUUCAGGCCUGUGUAGACGUCGCGAACGCCAUCAAGGCGGGCAUGAUUGACGUCGGUAUUGGUGCCGGUGUGGAGAGCAUGACUCUACAAUACGGUCCUACUGCCGUGACAGAGUUCUCUGACGCUCUUGAAGAAGUCGAAGAAUCUGCCAACUGCAAAGUCCCCAUGGGCGUCCUUUCCGAAGACAUGGCUAAGGACAAGGGUAUCUCGCGUGCCUCGCAAGACGAGUUCGCCGCGCACUCCUUCCAGAAAGCAGUCAAGGCCCAAAAAGCCGGUCUCUUCAAGGAGGAGAUCGCACCUCUGACCGUCAAGUGGACAGACCCCAAGACCGAGGAGGAGAAGGAGAUUGUCGUAGACAAAGACGACGGUAUUCGCGAGGGCAUCACGCCCGAGAGUCUCGGCAAGAUCAAGGCCGCGUUUGCAGCAGACGGCACAAUUCACGCCGGUAACGCAUCACAAGUCAGCGAUGGCGCUGCCGCCGUAUUACUCAUGAAGCGCUCCACCGCACAGAAGCUCGGGCAGCCCAUCAUCGGCAAAUUCGUCAACGCAAGCGUUGUGGGCGUACCGCCACUUCUCAUGGGCGUGGGCCCAGCAGCCGCUAUCCCACCUGUCUUGGCCAAGACCGGUCUUGACAAGAACGACGUCGACAUCUACGAGAUCAACGAGGCGUUUGCGUCACAGUGCUUGUUUUGCAUCAACGAGUUAGGCUUGGACCAGGCGAAGAUUAACCCCAAGGGUGGCGCAAUUGCGUUUGGACACCCGUUGGGUUGCACGGGCGCGCGGCAGGUCAGCACACUGCUCAAUGAGCUGAGGAGGACGAAGCAGAGCAUUGGUGUUACUAGUAUGUGUGUUGGUACGGGCAUGGGUAUGGCCGCGGUAUGGGUUGCGGAAUAG